UCGGCAUCUACAAAAACCGUGUUUUCACUGCAAAUACAGAAGGAUUUUGUUUAAAAAUAUUUUAAAUUUAAAUCUAAAAGUUUAAAUUUUUCAUCGAAUUCGAGAAAAAUGCCUCAAAAUCGUCGAAAAGUUCCCUUUAGUGGCAAACAGAAGAAGCAACAGUUGCUUGAGAAGAAGCAAAAAAAUCGUAAUUUUUCAAUAACAAAUCCCGAUAACGAAAGUGAUGACGGAGAAGAAAAGCCAGAAGCAGGAUCUCUUCUCGAAAGUGUUCAAAAAAUUAAUGUUCAGCCAAAUUCGAGAAGCAAUCGAAACAAUCGAUAUGCCCUACAAUUUCACAAAGAAUCGAAAGAACAGCUGAGACAAAUGCAAGAAGAUGCGAGAAAUGCUAUUAAAAGUCUAUCAGAACAAGAAUUGGAAGUUGCUGAUGAGUACUUUGAUGGUUACGAUUUUCCCGUGAGACCGAAAUGGACUUAUGAGAUGAGCAAAGAAGUUGUUGACAGCAACGAAAACCGAUAUUUUUUUAAUUAUGUAAAGGCUCUUGAAAAGCGCCAUCAUGAAGAAGGUCGAGAAUUGAGUUAUUGCGAAUUGAAUCUCGAGACAUGGCGACAAUUAUGGCGCGUUUUGGAAAUUUCCGACUUAAUUUUGUUCAUUGUUGAUGUACGAAUGGCAAGUUUAAUGUUCCCGCCAUCGAUUUACGAUUAUGUGAACAACACUUUGGGCAAACAUCUCAUUUUGGUAUUGAACAAAAUAGAUCUCGUUCGUCCUACAGUAGUUCUGGCUUGGAAAAAUUACUUUUCCGAAAAAUAUCCUGAUAUUUCUAUCAUUUUAUUUACUUCAUAUCCAUCGAAUAAUUCACCUGAAGAACUUGGAUUGGCAAGUUUGCGUGCAAAACGUCGUCGAGGUAGAAUGCGAAUGGCUGUCGAAGGUGCGAAACAAAUAUUGGGUGCUUGUAAAAGUAUCGUUGGAUCAGAUAUCGAUUUUUCCUCAUGGGAAACGAAAAUCAAAAAUGAAGUUUCUGAAGUUACGGGAAGAGAUGAUGAUGAAAAAGUUGAAACUGAAGGCACCCACGAACCAGAAUCCCUUUUUCCCUUCGAAGAACACGAAAAAUACAAAAAUGGCAUAUUAACAAUUGGUUGUGUUGGUUUUCCAAACGUUGGAAAGUCUUCCGUGUUGAAUGCUUUAAUGGGCAAAAAAGUUGUUAGCGUGUCUCAAACUCCCGGACAUACAAAGCAUUUUCAAACGAUAUUUCUAACAAACAAUAUUCGACUCUGCGAUUGUCCCGGAUUAGUUUUUCCCUCGUCGACGCCGCGAAACAUUCAAGUUUUGUUGGGAAGUUAUCCGAUUGCUCAACUGAAAGUUCCUUACGCGUCUGUAAAAUUUCUCGCGGAACGCAUUGAUUUGCCAAAAUUGUUGAAUGUCAAACAUCCCGAGGGAGAUGAUGAAGAAGAAUGGUCCGCAAUGGAUAUUUGCACGGCAUGGGCUCUCAAAAGGGGAUUUUUGACGGCAAAAGCAGCAAGACCUGAUACUUAUCGAGCAGCAAAUAACAUUUUGAGAAUGGCCUUGAGUGGAAAAUUAGUUUUGGCGCUGAAACCAUUUGGAUAUGGAAAUGAGUUGGAAAAAUUGUCGCAAAGCAGAGAAUUAGAGGAAAUUCGAAAAAUUCAAUGUUUGGGAAAAUCUGAAGAGGAAACUCUUGAGGAAUUUGAAGAAGAAGAAGAAACUGAAAGUGAUGAAAAUUGCUCUGAUGAAGAAGAAAAAACGGAAACAAAGACCAAAGGAGAAAAAAGUGAAAAAAGUAAAAAAGAAGUGCCUCUGACUUAUUCAAAUGCUUUUGAUCUCUUGAAUGAAGACAGUAGUGAUGAUUCUUAAAUAACAAAAAAAAAAAAUAAAAAAAUUUUUUCGAUGUUAAGUUUUUGCAGAUGAUUCUUA